AUCGGAAGUUUGUGAAUGAAGUUGUCAGUCGGCGCUGGAGCUGCACGCAAACACAACACCAGUCCGAAACCUCUCAUGGUGUCCCUCCAGCAGACAGAAAGAGCCCACCUGUGUGCAGUGGGCAUGCAUCAACGCCUCCUCCUGAUCGCCACUCUGACCGCUGCUUGUACAGGAAAUCCUUUGCCGCAUGGUCCACCAGAACAGGUCCUUGCCUUCGCUGGUGAGGCUGUCAUUCUUCCCUGCAGUUUCAGUCCCACUGGCAGCGAUGAUUUUCCAACAGUGGAAUGGUCCAAGGAAGACCUGCAGCCCAAUGUCGUCUUCUUGUACCGGGAUGGCUGUGAGACUUAUGAGAUGAAGGAUCCACUCUUCCAGUACAGGACAAGCUUCAUCCCAAAAGAACUGAAGAACAGAAACGUCUCAUUAAGGAUCUCCAACGUGCAGCUGUCUGAUGCUGGGAAAUACCAAUGCAAGAGGCUCUGGAAGAACGGCCGCCGAGACAUUACCACAGUGGAGCUUUCUGUGGCUGCAGUUUCUGAGCCAAAACUCUCAGUGCUUUCAGCCGACAGUGGAGGAGUGACUCUUCAGUGUAAGGCCAGUUGCUGGCUGCCAGAGCCUAAGAUCCAGUUUCUAGAUGAUCAAGGAAACAACAUCUCCGCUGAAGACCCAAAAAGAGAUCAAAAUGCCAGCGGAUGUUACACUGUGACACAAAAAGUGACCCUCCAGGAUGCCACCAACAGCGUCACCUGCAGAGUUUACCAGCCAGAUAUCAACCAGACCAGGGACACACAGAUUCUCAUACCAGUUGACUGCAUGAGAUCCUGCUCUCUAGCCAUUAGCAUCGCUGUUGCAGAGGGAAUUAUACUUCUCUUGGCUUUGUGUGGAUUAGCUGUCUUUUUAUGUAAAAGAUGUGACAAAUCUGAGGGACAAAAGAAGAAGGUGACGAGGCAGCCGUCAGAUCAAAGUACAAUGAGUGGUACCUCUCAAAAUAAGCCGUUACUUCAAACUGUCGAGGCUCACAAUGUGAGAAACAGCGACAUUGAGGAGCUGAAAAAAGAGUUGGCUGACGUCAAUUCAAAGCUUCACGAAAAAGAAGAGACCAUCCGCCAACUAGAGAACAAAAUCAAACCUCAGCUAAGUCCUGUUGUUUGCUACCAAGACCAACCGACGACUGUCUGCAGUCCUUCCAAAUGUCCACCAGACAUCCCAAAACCCUUAAACCCACCGUACGACAACGGCCAAAAGGCCAGGAAUGGAUCCGAUGACCACAAUCCAAAAUCUACAGCUUCAACCAGCAGCAACCCUCAAGUACCUGCCAACUUAUUCAACAAAGGUCAAAAACCUGUCAUGUCACGACAGAACAGUGAUCCAAAACCAGUCCAAAGAAAGCGCAUCCACAGCCUCCCCGACAACUUGGUCACUGAUGUUGCAGUUCCGUCAUUUCCUCCAACCAGCACUUUGAAGAAAAAGCUUGGUCACAUCAGUCGUUCGAUGAGUGACUCUUACACUGACUUUGGUCCAAAUGUCCCCAAGGUUCAGCGUCGACUAUCCUUAGUGUUACCAUCGUCUAACAACCGCUUUGCAGUCCUGUCUGGAUUACAAGAAGAAAAAGAGCUGCUGUAUGAGAAAGAUUAACACAAAGCAGUAAAAGUUUCAGUUAUGGAUUCCCCCGAAAACUGAGGAUAUUAAAACAAAUCUGCAUGGCCAUAUCCCACCAGCAGUAAGCAGGGUAAUUAAAAUUCUAGUAAAACCCGUUGUUUAUAAGAAAAUAAGCUCUUUAAUAUUUAAAUGUUAUGCUACUUUAUACGUCUACUCGACCACAUGUCUUUACCCCUCAUCCUUGUUAUAUUCUUCCGGACAACAGCUCAGGUAUGAGGUUGAAAUCAACAGGCACUUUAAUUUGCUCAAAACAAGCAGUUACUUAAAACAGCUCGAAAAAAAUAUUUCAUAAGCUUUUUAGCUUUUCAUUGAACUUGACAUUUAAUUUAAAAAAUAACUUUAAAAUUUCAAACCCUUGUUCAUUUUAAUUGCUGAAUUUUAGAGGUGCUAGAAGAUACACAGAGCCUAGCUUGUGGUUUUCUCUUCAGUCCAGUCUUUAAGCUGAGCCAAGCUGACCAGGUACUGGCUCCUUCUACAUAUCUGCUGUACAGACAUGAGUGAGGUGUACAUCACAUUCUUGGCUUUAGCUAUAACUACUUGCUAAAUGGUUGUUGCUGCAAUAUUUCUGUCACUUUUUGUACAUUUCUACAGUUAUUGAGCACUAGUCUGUAUUUAAAAAACAUGUUUUAAGUAAUAUUUAAUGUCUGGGGUUGUAUAUAAGGGUUAUUUUAUCUAAAAUUGCUUUAAUUGGUGAAUUUUUGCAUGUUUUUUUACAUUUGUACUUGUUUAUGUCCUCUACUCUCUGUAGUGAAAUAAAGCUUUUUUUUUUUUUAA